CAACACCUGGACUCAACAUCUACAUGCAUGCUGACACCACCAAUAAACCCUUUUACCUCCCCUCCGUGGCAAGUAAGAGAGAUUAAGGUGACAAAAUGGCUGAAAACAACGGUGGUGCCACCACAGUCCCCUUGCUCCGAUCAGUUGAUGGUGGAGAAACGGAGAAGGGUAGUAGAAGCAGAAAUAAUGAAAGACCCAGAGAACCAUGGAAAGGAGAGUUUGUGAAAAGCAUUGUGUAUGCUGGUCUUGACGCCAUUGUUACUUCUUUCUCUCUCAUUUCCUCCAUCUCCGCCGGUCACCUUUCUUCCGGCGAUGUGUUGGUGCUGGGAUUUGCAAAUCUGGUUGCCGAUGGAAUAUCUAUGGGGUUCGGAGAUUUUGUGUCAAGCAGCACAGAGAGGGACGUGGCCGCCAAGGAAAGGCUGGUUACUGAGUGGGAGGUCAUUAACCAUCGAAGGCCUCAGCAGCAAGAGUUAAUCCAUCGAUAUCAGGCUCUUGGAAUGAAUGUCGAAGAUGCAACCAUGGUGGUGAGCAUUUUUGAAAAGUACAAGGACAUACUGGUGGAUGAAAAGAUGGCAAUUGAAAAAGGAUUGCAACCACAAGACCAAACAGAGAAGCCAUGGAAGAAUGGCCUCGUUACGUUUUCGGCCUUUCUCGUGUUUGGCUCUGCUCCGCUUCUCGGUUUCAUCAUCCUCAUCCCGUUCACCGACAACGACACACACAAGUUUGUUGGUGCCUGUGUAUUAUCUGCACUGGCACUUGCAUUUCUUGGGAUAGUGAAGGCCAAGAUUGCAGGUCAGAAGUAUGAGCUCUCUGUGGCUAUCACCCUCUUCAAUGGUGCAAUUGCUGGUGCUGCUGCUUAUGCCAUCGGGUGGACACUUCGCAAUGUUGCUGGCUUAGAAGACUGAAAUUAACUCGAUUGUUCACCCACCGGGCAUCGGUGGAGUGCCUACUUAUAAAUAACCCACAAAUGGUGACUGAUCUAGUCAGCCCCCCUAAUGUUUAUUUUCUACUUUGCAAAAUCAGAAUCAAG